CCACAACCCCGAGUAAAGCAAGCAUCUUCCACAUCUAUCUCCUUUAAGCAGACUUACCCAAUAUUAAACCUCACCGCUGAUACAAUGGCCGAACUCCUUAACAAGCCCCGCUCAGAGCUCACCGAGUAUGAAAUAGCCGAACUAGAAAAAUACGAAUUCUCCGCUGGCCCCCUAUCGAUUUUGCAAACCGCCGUUCGCUCUCACAAUCAAGUCCUUAUUUCCUGCCGCAAUAACCGCAAGCUCCUCGCGCGUGUAAAGGCGUUCGAUAGGCAUUGCAACAUGGUUCUUGAGAAUGGAAGGCCUGUCAAUAAGGAUAGGUUCAUCAGCAAGAUGUUUUUGAGGGGUGAUUCGGUCAUCUUGGUGCUGUUGAGUUAGGCGGGUUAGGGUCAGAUGGCUGUGAUGGAAGUGUAGCAGUAUCAUAUAUUAAAAGUGCGAUGAAUUGAUGGAUUAAGGAGGGAGGUAGAUUUGAUGAACGCUAAUGUGCGUCAAUGAGAAUACAUUUUUUGCUCGUAA